CUCAAGGCUGACCAUGUAUGCAAUUGUUACUCUGCAAGACUCAGAUGAGGUGAUGGUGGUAGCAUCAAACUGGCUGAGCCUAGACAAGAAACAAUGUUGCUGGCCCCCAUUCAAAUCACCAGACAAGUGCAUGGAAGCUGUUCAGAACAGAAUUAAAGCUGAAACAGGAGGGAAACCAUGGGAGAAACUAAACAUUAGCUUUCACAGAGAAUGUGUCACUUUUGAGAAGGCAAAAGAGGGGCAAAAAGAAAUCAAAGAACAGAAAGAACGGUCAUAUCUAUUAGCCACUGGAUUCUCUGGAAUACUAAAAAGACAGAGACUUGAAAGCACUCAAGGAAUGUCAAAUAAUCAGCUACAACCACUUCCUGCAGUAACACCUGCAUCUACAUACAGAAUGUCAGCUGAUGACAAGGAUGAGCUCCUCCAAAUGCUGAGAGACAUCAAGAGCACAGUUCAGGAAAACUCUGCUAUGUUAAAGAAACUACUAAAAGACAAUACGGUUUCUGAAGCCCCCAGCAGUACAAGUGUGCCUUCAAAAGACAUUAAAGCAAACCUAAAACUGCCUCUUAGAACCUUUGAAGAUGUGGCCAGGACUGAAAGAGAGCUCAAUACCGCAACAACACGGAAAAAAUAUGUAAAAUAUUUGUCAGGGCUUGGAGGUUUUGGGCCCAAGGAUGUGAUUAAGAAUAUUAUGCAGCAAGUCAUAACAGAUGAUCUGGCUAAGGAGUUCAACUGGCAGGGGAGAGGAGAUAAAAGACCCUUCUCUCAUCUUAUUUUAACAGAUGUGAUUAGAGAUGCUGCAUUCAAACGAAGUGUAAACAGGGUUGAGUGUGAAACAGAAAUAAAAAAAUAUCUGAGUUACACAGCUGAUCGACUCGGUCGGAAGAGACCAAGAGAACAAGGAGGUCCUGGGCAUGAGAUUCCAAUUGUGAUUUCUACCUCACUGAUGGACAACCAGCCAGAGAUGGAAACAUCUCGGAACUUUUUUGAUGAAUGAGUUUUUGAUCAUCAAUCAUAGGUCAUGAAGACCCACAUUAAACAUACAUUUUUUAAAAUUUAUUUCACUUUGACAUUACUUAAUGAAUUGUCAUGUUUUCAGUCAUAUGCCAGCAGUGGG